AAAGGUUGAACUUGCGACUGCGUAUAUUGUUUUUGGAAACUGACACACGAUGUUUUGGCACUUUCCACGGUAGUUGUUAUGAAUUGGCAGCCUUCACGACCUUUAUCUACACCCCUGUAUCGUACGCGACCUUGUCACUGAGCCAUGGAUAGUGUCAAUGUCUCCGAGCUGGUUGCUCGAUUGGGAGCCGAGGAGGAGUCGACCAAGAAGAUGGCAGCGUUCAAGCUACAAACUGCCAUUGGUGACCCCUCCUUCGCCGACGUCUUCAUAUACGAAGGGGGUCUGCCAAAGCUCAGGUUCCUGGCUCUGCAUGCUACAGGAAACACAUUGGCUUAUGGCCUCACGUCGCUGGCGCGCCUAUUAGAGCUGGACAAGGGCUGGGACCAUGUCACAGAUGAUCUCAUAGCGAGGAUAGUCGAUCUCGUAGUUGCGCAGCCGCUCGUCAAUGUCAAUCGAGGUGCCAUGUCGGUGCUAGCAGCGAUUGUCGGACACCCUCUCCAUCGAACCUCUCAGCCUGGUGUCACUGGCUUCCAGCGACUUAAGCCAGCAGUCGACACCCAACCGCAAUUCCUCCCUUCGCUCGUCGAAAAGAUCACCUCCGCCGACCAUGCCCUCUGCGCGAACUCGCUCCAGCUCAUCAAUGCACUGAUGCGUGAUGCGAUCGCACACGAUGCCGACUUCGAAGCGCCCAAAUUCACAAAGCAGCUACAGGAGCUUGGUGUAAUCAAGAGCGUGUAUGCUCUCAUGCAGAGCUCUGCGAUACAAGAUCUAGCUCACCCGUUGCUCGACUUCCAGACGCUCACCAAAAUACUGCUGCGCAACUGGCGGGAAGAGAAGGUCGAUCUGGAGAAGCCAGAUCAUCGAAGGGCUAUUCGAGGCUUGCACACAGCUAGUACCGCUGAAAAGGGGGACGCCAAAGGCAGCAAAAAGUUGAAGUGGCGUCGAUUAGGUUUCGAUACAGAGUCGCCAGCCUGGGAGUUCGAAGCCACAGGGUUUCUAGGCCUCAUGGACUUCACCGACUACGUCUACAAGAACGAAGAUGGGUUCCAGAAACUGUUGCUGGAGCAGUCAGCAGAAUCUAUUGAGCAGCGCUGUCCAAUCGCUCGAGCCAGUAUUUCGGUAACAUCCAUACUAUAUGAACACUUUGAGGUGGAAAGGGCAGACGAUCUCGACUCGCAGAGGUACACAGUCCUUGAGUCUCGAGCAAACUUCGACCGUUCAUUCAGGCCCUUAUUGCUCCAUUGGUCGAGAGCACACACGAGCGGCCUCAAUGCGUUCAUUCGGCUGUGGAAGACGGCAGGAGCUCAAGUAGAGGAUUUCGACAAGAUCGAAGAAUUGGUGCGGAUACUGAUCGAGCAAGUUGUGGGCCAGGCUCCUCGCACGAGAGAGAUCAGAGAUGUUGAGGAAGAGCUGGCAGAGUUUGAGAUACAGAGAUUACGAGAGCUGCAGAUGGAGUUGCUCGAACUCACAUAUGAGGAUGCAUGGGGCCAUCACUUGCGCCAAGUCCGUGAAGAACUGAACCACGAGGCUCUCCAAUUCGUCAAAGAGCAGAGGAUAAGGUGCUUACUUCAGGGCGGGUGGUUCCCAAGCGGCCUCGACUAUAGCUCGAGUGCGGGGCCAGUCACAAGCAAGACCCUCAGCCGUGCAGUCCCCUCAGCGUGGCGUUUUGUACGACUAUCACACAACCGACGAUAUCUGCAUUACGCCGACUUUGACGAGAAGCCAACAACGGAACCGAGGCUGGACGCCUUGAAGGAGAAGAUCGAUCUCUCCAUUGUGUCCUCUGUCGUGAGCAAUGUCUCGGCAGAAGCACCAUCUUCAUCGUCGUCCGACAGCACGGUCAAGAGUCUUCCACAUGAGCGAGCGACUACUUCGACCAAGAUCACAAUCCAUGGCUACCUGCGUGCUACCAAUCACUCGCGGCAGGCGUCCAGCGGUUCAGGCGCGGGUCGCAAAGAGUCGGUUCUCUUGCAAUUGCACCCUCAAAGCCACACUCUUGCAUCAGAAUGGCUUGACGGUCUGCUUAUGCUCCUGAACCAACAGCCUAUUACAGCCGACACCAAUAAGCUUGUGAACUUCAUUGGCGGCUAUGGACUCAAGAUUCGCUUGCUUAACGUGCGCUUCGAGGAUGUGGGCUUGGGGGAGCCGAUCUUACCAAGUCGCGAAGGAUUGGACGAUGAGUAUUAUUACGACAUAGCCGGGGCAUGAGGCUGAGUACAGCUGUUUCUAUUGGCAACACACGUUUUAUCUUACUUGCACAGAUCUUUGAUAAACGUGGGCAUUGGAGAAGGUGUCCCUGGAACCGGGCUGAGGGAUUAUUAGAGACCCUAAUCGCGCGUACCGAAAGUCUAUAGAUCUUGACAUGGUGCUACCAGCCCGCGGUCUCGAGAUUGGGUUCUGCAAGCACGUGGACGUUUGUCCGGUGCAGAAACUUUGGAAACUUUGGAUAUAAUGGUGGGCGAUAUAUGGGACGGCGGCAAUUUGUUGUUGGGUGUUGGUUGAGAGUUUCUCUGGAGAUACCCUUGCUUGUACCUUUGCAAAUCACAG